AUGGACUCGCAGACUGUGUUAGUUGAUGUUGAAUAUCUUGGGACAAGCGGAAUUUCACUGCCGCCUCAAAUAAGAGCAGCCUUGCAAACCUCGUUGCCAAUAUUAAAAGCAAAUAACAAUUUUAACAAAGUCGAGUUUUGGGGAAAAGUCGAAGGACUAAACGCAGACUACUACAUUGCCCAAGGGUUCAGGAAUGACUUGAUGAGAAACAAAACCGUUUUCUACAGGUCGAACCCGAGCUACGAAUACGAGGUGAUUGACAAAGUCGUAGGGGAGGAUGGGGACAACGAGAAAGUGGAAGAAGACCGUCUAAGAUCGCUGAUUAAACUCGUGGACGACGUGGCAAUCGUACCUCGGAGAGCAUAUCUCGCUACUCCUGAUAAAACCAUAGUCAAAAACCGUUCUUUCGAGGGUAAAAAUGAAAAAUCGUUCUUUUCAGGACUGACUGUCCCGGAAGCUGCUCAACUCUCGAACUACUUUUAUUUCUCCGAUCCAAAGGAGUUCAACGUCGAGGCAGUGGCUCAGCGCGGAGAUUACGAAAAUUCCUGGAUUCUUCAAUUUGAGCGUGGAAGUGCACUUGUGACAAUCCGAAGUCUUCUAUGGCCCGGAUAUGUCUUUUACAAUAUUCCAGGAACCUGCAAAUUCGGUAGUCUGUACUGGGGACUCGGACAAAAAAAUUUAGACCUCCCAUUCAUGCUUUAGUCUAAUAUAAUGCAUUUACUAAUCUUUCUAAUGAUUCAUUUCGGUAUUCA